CCAGCACUGGCCAUCCAUUCUUAUUAUUGUUAUCAUCUCCAGUCCUUCCCUUUCUCUUCUCUCGUCAUUGCUGCUUCUUCAUCCGACUGCAAUCACCAACUUCUUCGUCUAUCCUUUUGGUGCUUCUUUUUUUAGCUACACUCUUUUCUGACUUUGUUUCAAGCCACUCUUUCCGUGCACCGCCUUGUCUGACCCUCCCUUUUUCGUUGGCUGUCAGCUUACGAACCGUCUAUAAUUGACCCGUCUCAAGCAAGCACUGUCCUCCUGUUCGUGCCAUUGAGUGUUUCCUGAAGCCAUCUUCAGUUCUUGCGACCCACUGGUGGUGCCAUUGCCAUUCCAUUCGUAUCGCUUGGUCUCCCUGGAAAAGGAGAGUUGAGCAACUCCAUUCUCGGCUUUGCACUUGCACUGUGAUGAGGUUCUUGAGCGACUCCUAGUUAUGCAUCUUUCCCAGCGUCUUUUUACCGCAGCAUGUCUCUGUGCCAGUGCCACAGCUUUCAUCCCUUACACCAUCAAGCUUGAUGCUCCAGUUGAAAAGUCCGCUGGUCAUGGCGCGUUUACUCGUCGUUUCCUGCCCUUGUCGAAACCCAGCGACGCAUUGGCAGCAUCGUCCUCCAGCGAUGAAUCUUUGACUCUAGAUAUCAAGAGGGUUCCCGCUCGCCGCGACAAUGAUUUCAGCAUCGUACUGGCAGAGACCCCCACUUGGAAAAAUACAGCCGCUCUCGACCAAGAUGGAGACGAUAUCUCUUACUUCUCGGUCGUUAACAUUGGCUCCGAAGAACAGGCUCUGUACAUGAUGCUGGACACCGGAGGAUCGGACACAUGGGUUUUCAGUUCGAACUGUACGGCAAAGUCCUGCACGAUGCACAACCAGUUGAAUUCUUCUUCCUCGACUCUCGACAUGACUACCGAAGAGUGGAGCGUUGGCUAUGGGACCGGAACCGUCAGUGGUGUGCUGGGGACGGAUAAUCUCACGAUUGGAGGCGUGGACGUGCGCAUGACGUUUGGCCUGGCUUCCAACGCAUCGGAUAACUUCGAGUCGUACCCAAUGGACGGUAUUCUCGGCAUGGGCCGAACAAACGAGAGCUCGUAUAGCAACCCAACCUUCAUGGAUGCCGUUGCGACCCUGAACCUUUUCAAGUCCAACAUUGUCGGCUUUGCCCUGUCGCGCAGCCCCGAGAAGGACGGCACGGUCACAUUCGGCAGUGCUGACCAGGACAAGUACACUGGCGACAUCACCUAUACGGAUACCGUUACUGGAUCGGGAAGCUAUUGGCGGAUUCCGGUGGAUGAUGCCAGCGUUGACGGCACGUCCUGUGAUUUCUCCAACAAGUCGGCCAUUAUCGAUACCGGCACGUCCUAUGCCAUGCUUCCUUCCAGUGAUGCGAAGGCGCUGCACGCGCUCAUCCCCGGAUCCUCAUCUUCUGGAGACUAUUUCAUCAUCCCAUGCAAUACGACUGCGAAUGUACAGGUGACCUUUUCUGGGGUUAAUUAUACUAUUUCCUACAAGGACUAUGUUGGAGAAACCUACGGUUCGGGAUGCGUUUCUAACAUUGUGAGCUAUGACCUGUUUGGCGAUGAUAUUUGGCUCCUGGGCGACGUUUUCCUCAAGAACGUCUACGCUGUGUUUGACUACGAUGAGGAGCGCGUCGGUUUCGCAGAGCGUUCCACGAGCUCUAGCAACUCGACGGACACCUCGAGCUCGAAUGGAACGACCAGCGCCUCGGGCUCUACUGGCACGGCUAGCUCGACUUCAUCAAAGGGCUCUGCUAGCUCCACCAGCUCGUCCAAGUCCGGUAGUGCCAUGACCAUCAACGCCCCCGAGUACUUCUUAUCCGCGUUGGUCAUUGCUUCAUGCAUGCUCUGGCUAUAAGUCGCUGCUUGAAACCGUUACAUAUCCAUCCCACUUUUGAAUUCGACAACCAUACAUUCGUUAUAUUUAUUGCUGCUUUGUACCUGCACAUAUGUUCUUAAAUAGAAGCAGCGUGCUGUUCCGCGAAAGCUACUUACAUUCAAAGUACCUAUUAACCAUCUAACAUAUCAUUCAUAUUGUCGUUACUUCGUGUAUCCCCUCGGUCUAUAGCCAGUCUAACCCUGUGUUAUGGAGGUUUUC